AUGAUUUUCGGAUUCAAAGGAUCGUUUGGGAUGAAAUCCUCACAAUUAGCUUCAAUCUUUCUAUUGACUACAGUAUUUUCGCAAAUACAAGCUCAAGUGCCAGAUCCUCAAUGUCCUCGUGGAUGGGUUUACAAUCCGGAUACAAAUUUCUGUUAUUAUGUGCCGCCAUUUUACACCACUGACGGAGUUCAAUGGCAACUCUAUAGCUGGACGACAGCUGAGAGCAAUUGUCAACAAUUCGGCUCACAUUUGGCUUCGAUUCAUUCGAAGAAAGAGGAUGACUUUGUGCAAAGUCUGGUCAUUUCAAACGUAGCCAAUCUUACCGAUGUUGUCCCCGACAAAACUCCGAAUGAUCCGUGUUUCUAUGCCGGUGCUUGGAUCGGUUAUUAUGGAAAUGGAGGCCUCAAUUUUGGAUCUUGGACUGACGGAUCACUAGUCGAUUAUAAUGGACUAGGACAAAAGCUCCCGAACUCCUACUUUUGGCUUGUGAUGAACGAUGAGUCUUGCCAGUCGAAAGGAUGGGGAUACAAUUUCAGCACAUGGCUCUAUGCACGCUACGUUUGCAAGAUGCCAGCAAGAAAUUCGUUGAAAAGCUUU